ACAAAAACCCCCUUUUUUUAAUUAAUUGCGAUAGUAAAGUGUGUACAAAGUUUACAAAAAUACUGAGAUUGAGAGAUAGCUCACGUGGUUAUAGCCUUUCUUCCUAUUCCAUAGGAUCCUGAGAUCGAUUUAUAUUACUCGCCCUUGUGAGUUCUGACUCUCUAAAGACCAAAAUAAGAAAAGUUUAUAGAAACACUCUUAAUGAAUUGUAGUGUAAGUAAAGUUAGCGGCAUAAAACUAAGAAGUACUCUGUCAUAGUGAUUUACCAUAAGAAAGUGUUAAAACUAAUCAAAAACAAAUGAGAAACCAAAGAAAUAUUUAGUGUCGAAAACUUAAGUUUGAAUUUCGUCAAUAAAAUUGUCUUUUGAGGAUUUCACUAUACAAACACCCCAAAAAUUUUAAUUAGAAAAACCAAUCAACAGUUACUCUAAUACCAUUACACAUUUUCACAACUCUCUGUUUUCUCUCUCCUCUGUAUCCUGUUUUUUUUUUUUCUCUUCAUUGCUCAAAGCUCUCAACUUUCUCAAUAAUGGCACACUUUAAACUUCAACCACUGAAACCCACUAAGUAGACAAGCUCAAUGAAUAUCUACCCAGAAAAAAUGAACCAAAUUUACACUAUUUUAUUGCUCUUUACUCUCUUUCCACCAUUACUUUCCCCUGUUUCACCUGCUUCUCUUUCUUCCAAUGGAAAACUUAGAGAUGCCCAGAAAUUGUUGAGCUUCAAAUCUUCACUCCUUAACCCAGAAAUCCUUCAAAAUUGGCAAAAUUCCACUGAUCUAUGUCAAUUUACUGGUGUUUUCUGCGACAAUUCCAGGGUUACUUCUUUAGAUUUCACCUCACUCUCUGUUUCCACUGAUUUUUACUCUGUUUCUACUUAUCUUUUCUCCAUUGAGCUCCUUACUUCUCUUUCCCUCUCAUCUUCCAACAUUUCUGGGUCUCUUCAACCUUUCUUUCUCUGCUCUUCUUCUCUCUCAGAAAUUGAUUUCUCCCACAACUUCAUUUCAGGGUCAAUUUUCAAUUUGCCGCGGUUUUCAACUUGUUCCUCACUUACAAGUUUAAACCUCUCUUUCAAUGAAUUAGAUUCUACGAAAAAUUUGAGUGAUGUUGUUUAUGGGCUUUCCCUCAAAACAUUAGAUGUUUCUGGGAAUCAAUUAUCUGGGGAGGAAGUUCUUCCAUGGGUAUUAUCUCAAGGGUGUGAGAAUUUGAGUCACUUAAAUUUAAAGAGGAACAAACUUGAGGGAAAUUUUUCUCUUUUUGGGUGCUCAAAUUUGGAGUAUUUGGAUCUUUCCUUCAAUAAUUUUUCGACUCCAAUUCCUAAUUUUGGGAAAGAUUGUCUUAAUUUGAAGCAUCUUGAUUUGUCUUCAAACAAAUUUGUUGGUAAGAUUGAGAACUCACUUGUAGAGUGUAACAACUUGAGUUUCUUAAAUGUGUCUCAUAAUCAGUUCAAAGGUGAAUUUCCCUCACUUCCUUUGAAAAGUAUGGAGAUUCUCUACUUGAGCAUCAACAAUUUUCAAGGUAUGAUUCCUCAUAAUUUUGCUGAUGAUGUUUGCUCAACUUUGGUGAAGUUGGAUCUAUCAGUCAACGAUUUUUCUGGUAUGAUCCCUAUUGGGUUUGAAUCUUGCUCUUUGUUAGAAAAAUUCGAUGUUUCCAGCAACAAUUUCACUGGGGAUUUGCCUGUUGAUAUGUUUCUAAAAAUGGAAAGUUUGAAGAAAAUAAAGCUGGCUUUUAAUCUCUUUAAGGGUGUUUUGCCUGAUUCUAUCUCUAUGCUUAGUAGCUUAGAGUCUUUAGAUUUGAGCUCUAAUAGCAUUUCAGGGAAAAUCCCAUCUGGUAUUUGUCAAAAUCCUGAGGGAAAGCCUAGCAACUUGAGAGAGCUCUACCUUCAAAACAAUGAGUUUAUUGGCCCUAUACCGCCGAGUAUAGGUAAUUGCUCUCAGCUUGUUUCGCUUGAUCUUAGCUUCAAUUUCCUUACUGGUACGAUCCCAAGUAGCUUGGGUACUCUAACCCAGCUUAAAGAUUUGGUAAUGUGGAUGAACAGGCUUAAUGGGGUUAUCCCUUCUGAGCUUGCAGACAAUCGAGCACUUGAAAAUUUGAUUUUGGACUACAAUGAGUUGACUGGUCCCAUUCCCUCUGGCCUGAUGAACUGCACAAACUUGAACUGUAUUUCGUUGUCGAGUAACAAGUUGAGUGGAACAAUACCAUCUUGGAUAGGUAGCUUGAAUAAUCUUGCCAUCCUCAAGCUCUCAAAUAAUUCAUUUUAUGGCGAAAUCCCACCUGAGUUAGGGGAAUGCAAGAGCUUGUUAUGGUUGGAUUUGAAUAGCAACUUGUUGAGUGGGAGUAUUCCUCCUGCCUUACCCAAACAGUCAGGGGCUAUUAGACUUAAUGUUAGUAAAAAGUAUUGGUACUUGAGAAACUAUGGAGGAAAUGGUUGCCAUGGGACAGGGAAUUUGCUCGAAUUUUCCGGUAUAAGGCGCAAGGCUGUUUAUAGAAUCCCUACUAUAUGCAAAUUCCAGCAGAUCUACCUAGGUCAUACUCAGCCAAAUUUUUAUCACAAUGGGUCCAUGAUUUUCCUUGACCUGUCCUAUAACAAUCUCCAGGGCAGUAUCCCCAAAGAGCUCGGCACAAUGUUCUUUCUGUGGAUAUUAAAUUUGGGUCAUAAUAACCUCUCUGGUCAGAUUCCUGAAGAUCUUGCAGGGAUGAAAAACAUCGGUGUUAUGUAUCUCUCGCACAACCAUCUCUCGGGGUUAAUCCCACCGUCUUUAGGCAGUCUUUCUUCCUUGACGGAUGUGGAUUUGUCAAACAAUAACCUCUCAGGUAUGAUUCCUGUAACAGGACAGUUUGAGACUUUCCCGCCUUCUAGAUUCUCCAAUAACACUGGCCUCUGCGGGUUUCCCCUGCCGAUUUGCAGCAGAAACACAAGUGAAACUUCAUCACAUCAUAGAAAGCAUGGAAGGAAGACUUCCAUGGCAGCAAAUGUGGCAAUGGGAGUGUUCUCCUCUCUAUUCUGCAUAUUCUGGUUGAUCAUAGUGGGCAUUGAGCUGAAGAAGAGGAGAAAGAAGGAAGUUUUGCAGGAUACAUACAUGGACGGUAACACAACUUCUGCUUGGAGAUAUACCAGUAAUCGCGAGGCAUUGAGCAUCAACCUUGCAACAUUUGAGAAGCCCCUACAGAAGUUGACUUUUGCUGAUCUUUUACAAGCCACAAAUGGGUUCCAUUAUGACAGUUUGAUUGGCAAAGGUGGGUUUGGGGAUGUCUACAAAGCUCAGCUCAAGGAUGGGAGUGUGGUUGCUAUCAAAAAGCUGAUAUAUAUGUGUGGGCAGGGUGACAGAGAGUUCACUGCUGAAAUGGAAACCAUUGGGAAGAUCAAACACCGGAACCUUGUGCCUCUCCUGGGAUACUGCAAAGUGAGGGAAGAACGAUUGUUAGUUUACGAAUACAUGAAAUAUGGAUCCCUCGCAGAUGUUUUACAUGAUCCGAAGAAGUCUGUAAUAAAGCUGAAUUGGGGUGUGAGGAGAAAGAUAGCGAUUGGGGCAGCUCGAGGCUUAGUUUUCCUUCAUCAUAAUUGCAUCCCACACAUAAUUCAUCGCGACAUGAAAUCUAGUAAUGUUUUGGUAGAUGAAAACUUAGAAGCAAGGGUAUCUGACUUCGGGAUGGCUAGACUUAUGAGUGCAAUGGAUACUCAUUUGAGUGUGAGCACAUUGGCUGGUACCCCAGGAUAUGUUCCUCCUGAGUACUACCAAAGCUUUAGGUGUACAACCAAGGGAGAUGUGUAUAGCUAUGGCGUGGUGUUGCUGGAGUUGCUGACAGGGAAACAACCUACAGAUUCAGCUGAUUUCGGUGACUAUAAUAAUCUUGUAAGCUGGGUUAAGAUGCAUGCGAAAUUGAGAAUAAGUGAUGUAUUUGAUCCUGAGCUGAUGAAGGAAGAUCCAAACUUGGAAGUAGAGCUCUUGCAGCAUUUGAAGCUUGCCUGUUCUUGCUUGGAUGAUCAUCCAUCAAAACGACCUACGAUGUUCGAAGUUAUGACAAUGCUAAAGGAAAUGCAAAGUGGUAAUUCAGCAGCCAUCGUUACCACAGAAGAUGCAAGUCUUACUGCCAUGGGGAAAACUGAAAGUUUCAGCAGCACAGUUGAUGAGCUACAGAUGAGCAUAAAAGAAGAGCCUGAAGGAAAUUCCAAGCAUUAGCAUUUACCACUAAAGCAAAAAAUUUCAUUGAAUCAUGCAACAAUUAAUGUAUGUUUCACAACAGUAGACUUUUUAUUUUCAUAUUUAUACGUAGGUGGUAAUCUCCUCUGUUUCCUUUGGUUUUUGAGGGGUCACUCGGUAGUUUGUACAUAAUCUCCUAGAAAUGCUAGUAGUUUUUCCUCCCUUACCUCUUGCACGAAUACAUUGUGAGAAAUGAUCCGUGUUCAAAAUAACCAAAAGAUUAGUUUGUCUAAUGACAAUC